AUGGCCCACAUGAGUCCAGCCGUCAACCUUGUAUGGGCAGCACUUACAGUUAUGUUCGAAUCCUUUUUAGUGUAUCAUCUCUGGUCCUUUGACCGUUUCAAAUGUCUGAGGUGGAAUCAUGGACUGCGUUCUGGCACAUUCAAGCGGGUCAUGACGUAUUCUUAUUUAACCAGCAUUCCGUUAAUCACAAUCUACGCUGUGGGUUUCUCCAUUAUCAAAUAUAGUUAUGGUUUCACUGUUAUUCCUGGGAUGGGUAUCACACCCACUCCGUACGAGCUUUGGAGUGGCAGUGCACAAAGCGCAAUCCUCCCUCUGUACCUGUGUUUUUCGGUUGCUUGGGGACUAGAGAUGGUAACGCACCUAGAAGAGCUGUGCUUUUGGCUUUUCUUGAUUCACUCUGGCUCUGCGAAACAAGAUUGGUUUCGCAGCCUAUAUUUCAAAACAUGGGCGAUCGGAUCUGUAGUCGCAGUCAUUUGUAUGCCCCUUGUAACGGUUUUGACACGGGAAGACCCCUACAAGUGCGAGGCUUACACAAUCUUGAUCGGGAGUCUCGGGAGCUUGUCUUUGACAAUAUGGUUUCUUCCGAUUUUGUGGACAUUCCCCACAUUCCUCGAGAGCCUGAAACAAGCCAAUGUUGAUAGGAGCACAAUAAUUAGGCUCGUAAAGUUUCACGAGCUCAACUGUAUCCGGGUCUUCUUCCGCUUUCUCUUCACAGUGCCGUUUGUGAUAUUGGGCAUUGAUGGCAUCAGACCGCAUCAGCACAUCAACGAUAAGAUGUUUCCCACCGACCUAUUGGGGAUGACUGCGGGUAUAGGCUGUGUCGUAUCCUCUGGGAUUACUCUUAUCAUAUUCUUCCCGCGCUCAAUCAAGGGGGAAAUAGCAAAUAGGGAGGCGGCUCGCGAGCCUCGCCGAUUCCCCCGACCAAAUACCUUUGGAGAAGAUCCUAUGAAUGUGCAGCGCGGAGAUCAGUAUGUGUCCGCAUAUCAACUACCUCCCUAUGAGGCAGCAGCUCUCGGUCACUCGAUACAGAAAUUAACAAUCGAAGAAAUGUCGGACGAGGAAAAUCCAAAAUAUGGGCCGUGCGAGGUGUCACCUUCACUAUGCCUGCAACCAAAUCGCAGAACGAAGGAUGGGAAUGUGGAAAUAGGGACUGUCUUCAAUCUCACGGAUGCUGCUCUGUCGAGACAUAAUACAGUCACGCCGAAGUCGAAUGUAAAUCAUCUUGUGUAUAACUGGCGAUCACCACUUGAAAUUGGAGAACCACCGUAUUGGUACCGGUGA